AUGGUGUAUUAUGAGUCUCUCUUUAAGGAGAUGCUCCAGGGGCAGGAGCUCCGCCGCCCCGCGAUGAAAAAAAGCGAGCCUGCGUUCUUUCAAAGGUUAGAACAGGCUAUGGAUGUCCAUCGUGAAAAGAUCCGCCUCAACGUGCUCAAACCGCGAUGGGAUGACAGCGUUCUUGACCUCACAACCAGUGACUUCCUCUCUCUUAGUCGCACAGGUCGAAUACGAGAGGCUUUUCUCGCUGAGUUGGCCCGCUGCGGCGACUUUAGACUAAGCGCUUCGGGUUCUAGAGUGCAGUACGGCAACUACGAAUACAUUCUUGAGGUGGAGCGUGAGAUUGCCGCUUUUCACGGAGCAGAGACGGCGUGGAUUUGUCACUCAGGGUUCUAUGCUAAUAUUGGUGUGCUGGAAGCCAUUGCGCUCCCGGGAGAUGCUAUUGUAUUCGAUGAAUUUUCUCACGCGAGUACGGGCGUUGGCAUGAAAGUCAGUGUGGCUGCGCACAAGAUCCCAUUCCAACAUAAUAGCGCGGACUCCUUGAGAGAUGUUUUAACUUCGCUCAAGGAUUUGGAUCCAGGAUUUACUAAGGGGGAAAAAUCUAUUCUCAUCUGUGUCGAGAGUCUGUAUAGCAUGGAAGGUGAUCUGUGUCCGCUGAAAGAGCUGGUUAGUGUAGCAAAGGAGGUCUUUCCGAAUGGGAGCGCGCAGUUCAUAAUAGAUGAAGCGCAUAGCAAUGGCGUUAUUGGCCCUAAUGGUGGAGGAUUGGUUCAAUUACUGGGAUUGGAGAAGGAGAUCGCUAUACGAGUUCACAUGUGUAGUAAGGCAUUAGGAUCAACUGGGGGCGUUAUUUUAUGUAACCAAACAGUACGGAGUGCUCUUGCUCAGUACUCACGAUGUUUGACAUACAGUGGUGCACCCUCAGUACCCAUGGUCGCUUCCAUUCGGGCAGGCUACCAAUUGCUAUCGAGCGGCCAGACGCAAAAAGAACAAAACCAUAUCCAAGAAAUAGUAAAAUACUUCUUCGGAUCUCUUCUUGACCACCCCAUCUGGCAGGAAGCCAUGGAUGAAGGUCUCAUAUCCGUUCCGCUCGCCGAAGACUACGAACAACGCUCUGUACUUUCGCACGUCGUACCCAUUAAGGUGAAACCGGGCCAUGAUUUCUUUCUCUUCACCCACUUGGCCAAGGCCAACAUGAACGCUUAUCCCAUGGCAUAUCCCGUUGUACCAAAGGGCACGGCAUUGGUCAGAAUGUUGUUCCAUGCUCAUAACACGAAGGAAGAGGUUGAUAAGAUAAUUACUGCCGUCGGUGAGUGGGCGGAUGAGAUACUGUCAAUCGAACGAGGCGAGUCAAAGAAUGUCAUACCGAGCUCGAUGAGAGAAUUUCUUGCCAUGCAAGGAACGAACGGGUGGGAGUGA